UAAAGAAACACCAGGAGUCAGUCGGAGAGGCAGCAGUUUGCAGGCAGAACGAGAGUUUUAAGAAUCAGAAGAACGCUCAUUCACCGGCGAAUUUAUAACUUAAAACGUCGGCAACUAGCGUAGACGUAGUACUGUUACACGGGGGACUGUGCAUUGCACUCAUCCAGGAAAGUAUACAUUCAUAAACUAUAUUUAAACCGCAUAGCAGAACUUACAGAUCAGUAUUGUUGGAUUUGUGUGAUGGAGGAUGUUGCAGCUAUACACUCACUUCCUGUUCUGGUUUGUUUAUUUUUGUUUAGGGAGAUGGCAAACAGCAAUGCCAAUGGGACUACCAACAGUAAUGUGAAUGGGAGUGCCAAAGCUGGGCUGCCAGGGGAUAUGGAUGGCAUGGAGGACAGUGUGGAGUUCAGGCUGAUGAUGGCGUACGCCCAGAGGAGGAGACCUAGGGAGGUGUUGUGCCCGCUACCUCAAGGCACAGACACCCAGUCGGGUGGCACACAGACACUAGAGGGCCAUGCAGACACAUUUAUAAAGAAGGAGGAGAAGAAGAAGAAGAAGAAGAAGAAGGGGAUGAGAGUGAGGCUGCAGAGCUUGGUGAGCUGUAUCCGACCCCACAGAGACAGUACAGCUGUAGCAUCAGGACCACCAAGAACACCACCACCAACGGGCACCCAGAGGUCCUCCUUCAGAUCCUUUGGCAACUUGAAAGAUGAGCUGGAGGUGGUAGCUGACCGGUUGACUCAGAUUGCUGACGGAGUGUGCUUAAGUUCUGGGGACCUGGAGACUGACGGAGAGGAAGAUGCUAUAGAGAGGCUGGUGGGGCUGCUGUUGAGAGGAGCGGGAGACAAACUCAAUGAGGAGGUCCUGAAGGACGCCUCUCUGUCCUCAGAGCUCUUUGGCUACAGCUUGUAUGAGAGGACCAUCUCCACCUUCCUCAGCAGACUUGGCCUGACCUCGGACCCCAGCACUGAGGGGUCACGCAAGGACCAAAUCGCCCUGACUUGUGAGGUGACCAGUCGCCUGUCAGCGGUGGACAGCCUCCCUAUGAGCCGGGUGCUGGGAUUCGGAGCCAAAUACCUGCAGGAUCACUUCUCUUCCUGGGCCAAACAGCAGGGUGGAUAUGAGGAAGCUUUUGUGAAUGAUGAUGAGGAAGUCGACUGAGUCAGAGGGAUUUUCCCCAUCCUAUACACCCAUUGGUUCUUCCCGAUUAUCCACCCUUUUCCCAAAGUAUGCUCUUGCGCACUUCCAUGGAUCAGAAUUUCAUUGGUGUAGUUAUUUACUAAAGUGAGUUUCCACCAUUAUUAAAUGCAUGAUGGGAAAGGGUGGAGAAUUGGGAUGUAGCCCUCUUCUAACCCCAACCCCUAGAGAAGUUUCAACUCAGGUUAAUAUAUUGCUAUUAUUGCAUGCCCAAUUAACAUUGAUUUUGCACAAAGAAACAUGCACAUAGAAAUAUACUGUCUUCCAGAGCCAUAGUAUAUAAGAAACUGCAUCUCAAACCCCAUUCUUUCGAAUGAUACAUUGAUAUGAUAUAAGAAUGUAUAUGAAAGUACAGUAUUCAGGUGUUUUAGAUAACAUUUUAAUUGGGACUAUAGGAAUGUAAAAAAAUAGAAACAUCUGUUGAAUGAAACAUAUUUACUUGAUUAUUUUACUUCAUAUUUAGUUAUUUACUUUAUUUUUUGUAAGAAUAAUAAUGAGACUGUCUACUAUUGAUGUAGCCUAUACUGUCUGAUCCAAAUAAUGUUUACAUAAAGCAACAUUACCAAAGAUGUCAACAUUUACAUUUACAUUUUACGUCAUUUGGCAGACGCUCUUAUCCAGAGCGACUUACAAAUACCAGACCUCCAGGACUUAUGUCCUCAGUUUAUCCAGAGAUUGAGCCACUAUAUGGUUAAACCAUGACUGGACCAAAGACUGGGGCAGCUACUGUAGCCUACAUAUACUGUAUGGAAGUGUGUCUAUUCACACUGCUAUAUGGUCACACUGUCAUUCUCUGUGUGCUGAGUCUAUGCAUUGGAAUGUCUGACUUAUUUGUUUAAGAAUAAUUAAACAAAUUCCAUGUUAUGAUUAUAGUGUUCAAUGUUAACACUGAUUUAGACAGCUUUGUGACUGAUUUGUUUCAAUAUUAAUUUAUUGAAUAAAAAUAGGUCUGCUGAAAAGA